AUGGCUUCAAGCAAAACGAUUGCGGUCCUUGACGUCAACGAACUGAAAGAUGGGCAGAUUAAAGAGGUCGACUUUGACUCUGGAAAAGUUCUUCUGAGCAAUAUAGGAGGCAAGAUCCACGCAACCUCUGCGUACUGCACGCACUAUGGUGCUCCUCUUGCCAAGGGUGUCCUUGUGUCCUCUGGUCGAAUUACAUGCCCAUGGCAUGGUGCUUGCUUCAACGUCUGCACCGGCGAUAUCGAAGACGCGCCCGCUCUAGCAGCCAUUCACUCUUUUAAGGCUACCGUUAAAGACUCCAAAAUAUAUGUUACCGCUGACCCAUCUCUCACCACCAAUCAGAACAAAUCUCGCCCACCGACUAACCGUUCGAAAGGUCUUUCACUUUCCGCCACCGACCCUGGUGUUGUCAUCGUAGGGGGAGGAGCAGGAGGUCUCGCGACUGUGAUCGGCUUGCGAGAGAGCGGUUAUCCUGGGAAGAUCACAGUAUUGAGUGCUGAACCACAUGCGCCGAUUGAUAGGACGAAAUUGAGUAAGGCCCUGUUGACGGAUGCGAGCAAGUUGGAAUGGUAUUCUGCUCAGACACUCGUUGAAACGUUCGACGUCAAUCUACGCACGAGUACUACCGUCACAGCAGUUGACGUUGCCGGGAAGAAGGUUUUCGUAGGGUCCGAGGCUGUUCUCUAUGAAUAUCUUGUCCUCGGACCUGGUGGAAUUCCGAGGAGAUUACCCGUUCCUGGAGCGGAUUCUCCAAAUGUGUACACGCUUCGCUCUGUGGAUGAUGCUAAGAGGAUCAGUGACGCUAUUGGACGUCCGUCCAUCCUCCCGGGCAAAGUGGCUAAUGUGCUGCCCGGAGGGAAGAACUUGGUAAUCAUCGGAAGUUCAUUCAUUGGGAUGGAGCUCGUGGUUGCUGUGAAGGACAGAGGGUUAGCGAGCAUAAGCGUUAUUGGAAUGACGAAGUUCCCGUUCGAGGCGGUGCUGGGAGAUAAGAUCGGCGAAGGAUUUAGGAAGUUCCACGAAGGCAACGGGGUUAAGUUCUAUGGAGAAUCCAAGGUCACAGCUAUCGACGAAAAGUCGGUUAGCUUUGAAUCUAAUGAGGGCAAGAAGACCACAAUUCCAGCUGAUGUCGUCAUCUUGGCUGUUGGUGUGGGUCCCGCUACACAGUUCCUGAAAGGUAGUGGCAUCGAGACGCAGAGGGAUGGAGGCAUCAUUGUAGAUGAGUACCUGCGGGUUAAAGGCGUGGAGAAGGUCUUCGCAAUCGGCGAUGUCGCCAUCUUUAAGGAGCCCACAACUGGAGAACAGGCGCGCAUCGAACACUGGGAUGUUGCGCAGAAUCAUGGUCGUUGCGCCGCAUCUGUCAUCGCGGGUAAACCCCUUCCAUUCGAUAAGACACCGUACUUUUGGAGCGCUCAGGGUCAACAGCUAAGGUACGCGGGGUAUGGGCACGGCUAUGAUGACAUCGUCAUCCGCGGGGACCCUGCGGCCUUAAAGUUCCAAGCGUACUAUACAAAGGGGGACAAGGUUAUUGCAGUUUCAACCAUGCAAGCUGAUCCACUCGUGAGCAAGGCGUCCGAGUUAUUUAGGCUGAAUAAAUUCCCUUCUGUGUCAGAAAUCAGAGCUGGAAAGGAUCCACUGGAGAUUGAUAUUUCCUCGAGCGCUGUGGACGUUCGCCAUUGA